AUGGCAGAUGUAACUAGUAAAACAAAUCUAAUUAAAAACUUUUUCAAAGAUGAAUCUAUCAAUGAGUUCCUUAAGGAGAUCCCUGCUAAAGGAAAAGAUAAUAUGGUAGCUUUAUUCCAAAAGUAUGAAACUAAAAAAUUGGGUCAUUUGUUUGCAAAUGUCUUCUCUGCAUCUUUGGUAUUCGUUCCAGUAGUUGGCGGUGUCUUGGCUAACCUCUCUGAAUGUAUUUUUGCUAUUAUCCUUAAUGACAAUCCAGAGGAUGAGAAAAGUGAGCUUAGAACUCUCUAUGAGAACAUGAUGGAUGCCAAGAUUGAUGCCUAUGAUACCCGUACUCUUGAGAGAAGCUAUGCCUCAUUGAAAGGUCAAAUUCAAUACAUCAACGAUUGGAAGAGAAAUAUGUCCCCAACUCCAACCGAAGAUCAAAAACUCCUCCUAAAGUCAUCUAUAAGCUCUGUUCUUACUACCUUUGCUGGUAUUUACCCUCUUUUCACAAGUGACAAAAAUUGGAAAAAUAUUCCAACUUUGUUAAAGUUUGCUAUGGCCGACUUUUCCUUGCUUUAUGAGUUGAUUAUCAAUGGUAAGCGUGAUUACUUCUUUGAUGACGGUGCCAUUCGUAGUUUCAAGCUUGCAUAUAUGAAGAGAAAGACCAACCUUGAACUCUCAGUAAAGUUCCUUUAUGAUUGUGGUCUAAAGAGUCUCAUGGCCGGUAAGAACUUAGAUGAGACUGGAGAUGUCGCUUUCAAUCUUUUAAAGGCCAUCCAUGCCUAUAGAAAUGAUAUGGUCAUUCGUGCAUUGGACAUGUACAACACUUUGAUGCUCUCCGAUCCAUUGUACGCACCACAGGGUGUCGUCGUUGAGAACAGUCGUAUGUUGUAUGCCGGAACUGUUUUCAGAGGUCCAAAGUACUACUCUGAAAAUAGAGCUUUCGCUAACUACAACAAGUUGGUAAGCAACAUGGACUUGUCAACCUACAAGUUCUAUAAUGAUGAAUUCUCAACAGCAAAUCUCUUUGUCGGUACCGACUACAUCUACGGAAUUCAAACCAAUUUCGCUGGAAGCAAAGCUAACUUGGGUGGAAUCGAUGGUGGUACUGGUGGAACUCCAGUUGCGAGAGUUAUUACCACCACAGCUGUUGGUACAGUAAAGAAUGUCGGUGUAACCUCAGUCACUCAAGGAGGUCCUGUUAUGGAUGCCUACUGUCCAUAUUACAUUAUGAUAGAAGGAAACAAAUACGGACCAAAGUAUACUGACUUUGAAUCGACAACAGUUACUCUUGAGAAUCACAAAUUACAUCAAGUAAUUGGUAUCAGUGAUUCCAAUAUUACCUUUGGUAUUGCUGGAGUUACAUUUGGUUUCAUCCCCGACUACUGUCAGGUUGCAAAUAUUGUGUCAGACCAAGUGGGUACAGCUUUCUGUGCCAAUAAAGUUACCAAAGAUACAAUUUCUUUAAUUCAACAAUAUUGUUUAGACACUUGCAAGGUUGAAGAAAACAAAUGGCCACCAUCAAUGCCACCAAUUACAAUUCCACAAUAUCAAUCACCAACAUAUGAGUUCAGAUUGGCAGAUGGAGCAUCUACCUCAACCUUUACUGUCACUCUUCGUUUCGAACAUCACAUGUCGGGUGCUGUAGACAUUGUUCUCCUUCCAUCAAAUAUAAAGAUCACAAGAAGUGUCAGAAAGGAGUACGAUCGUAACUGCUCAUUCGACAUUGACUUGAGAACUGACACCAAGUUCUCCGUAACUGCACUACUCUCAACAAUGCAAUUGAACUACAUUGUUUUCGUUCCAAAGGCAAACUCCAAUGAUGCCAGCAUGGCGAGAUCAAGAAGAUCGGUACCUGUUAAAGCACCACCCAAGAACUUGGUUGCCGGUAGACCAGGUAUUCUCAGAGGAACCAAGAAAACACCAGCCAAGCCAAACGACAAAGAUGGUGAUGGUAUCCCUGACAAAAAGGAUAAGGAUGCCAAUGGUGAUGGUAAAAUCGACAAGAAACCUGAUGCCAAACCAAAUGAUAAAGAUGGUGACGGUAUCCCUGACAAAAAGGAUAAGGAUGCUAAUGGUGAUGGUAAACCAGAUAAGAAGCCAGCUGCCAAACCAAAUGAUAAAGAUGGUGACGGUAUCCCUGACAUAAAGGAUAAGGAUGCCAACGGUGAUGGUAAACCAGAUAAGAAGCCAGCUGCCAAACCAAAUGAUAAAGAUGGUGACGGUAUCCCUGACAAAAAGGAUAAGGAUGCCAAUGGUGAUGGUAAAAUCGACAAGAAACCUGAUGCCAAGCCAAAGGAUAAAGAUGGUGACGGUAUCCCUGACAUAAAGGAUAAGGAUGCUAAUGGUGAUGGUAAACCAGAUAAGAAGCCAGCUGCCAAACCAAAUGAUAAAGAUGGUGACGGUAUCCCUGACAUAAAGGAUAAGGAUGCUAAUGGUGAUGGUAAAAUCGACAAGAAACCUGAUGCCAAACCAAAUGAUAAAGAUGGUGACGGUAUCCCUGACAUAAAGGAUAAGGAUGCCAACGGUGAUGGUAAACCAGAUAAGAAGCCAGCUGCUACUAAGAAAUAA